UAUUCUGUUAACCGCCUAAACUGGCUCUAGCUCAACAUUAUUGGUCGAUUGUUUUGUUGUCCGUUUAAAAAGAAAAUCAACUUACUGUUGAUUCCAAGAAAAACUAGGAUAUUAUAAUUCUUUAACGACAUAAUGCCUAGUGAAGUCAUUACUUUACAACUCGGACAAUGUGGAAAUCAAAUUGGUUUCGAGUUCUGGAAGAAGCUCUGUGCCGAACACGGAAUCAGUUCUGAAGGAGUACUAGAAGAUUUUGCAACAGAAGGAGUUGAUCGAAAAGAUGUUUUCUUCUAUCAGGCUGAUGAUGAGCAUUACAUUCCUCGAGCUGUCCUGCUUGAUUUGGAGCCACGUGUCAUAAACACAAUAAUGAAUUCUCCAUAUGCCAAAUUGUACAAUCCAGAAAAUAUCUACUUAUCCAAACAUGGUGGAGGAGCAGGAAACAAUUGGGGUUCUGGAUACAGCCACGGUGAACGACUUUUUGAUGAAAUAUUUGACAUUAUUGACAGAGAGGCAGAAGGUAGUGAAAAUCUCGAGGCUUUCACACUUUGUCAUUCCAUUGCUGGAGGAACCGGUUCUGGAUUGGGUUCUUACAUGCUAGAAAGAAUAUCGGAACGCUACCCCAAAAAAUUAGUACAAACGUAUAGCGUUUUUCCAAAUCUAGCUGAAUCCAGCGAUGUUGUCGUUCAACCUUACAAUUCAUUAUUGACUCUAAAGCGAUUAACUCUGAACGCCGACUGCGUCGUAGUUCUGGACAACACAGCUCUGAAUCGCAUCGCCACAGAUCGACUUCAUAUCGAAACGCCAUCGUUUACACAGAUAAACUCUCUAGUGUCAACCAUCAUGUCAGCGUCUACAGCCACACUGCGAUAUCCCAGCUAUAUGAAUAACGACCUCAUAGGCUUGGUCGCUCCGCUCAUUCCCACACCUCGGCUUCAUUUCCUAAUGACAGGCUACACUCCGCUCACGAAUGAUCAUGAGGAAACAUCUGUACGAAAAACGACAGUUUUGGACGUCAUGAGACGUUUACUGCAGCCUCAAAACAUGAUGGUCUCCACAACGCCCGACCGCAAUGGCUCGCAUUGUUAUACUUCGAUUCUAAACAUAAUUCAGGGAGAAGUAGACCCAACGCAGAUACACAAAUCCCUCCAGAGAAUUCGUGAACGAAAGCUCGCUCAGUUCAUCCCUUGGGGUCCGGCUUCUAUCCAAGUGGCUCUUUCACGCAAAUCGCCAUACGUCACGACAUCGCAUCGCGUAUCCGGACUCAUGUUAGCCAACCACACCAGCAUUUCGACUCUCUUUGCACGGACGCUACAGCAGUUCGAUAAAUUGAGGAAGCGAGAAGCUUUCCUUGAUCAGUUCCGCAAGGAAGCUAUGUUUCAAGACAGUCUGGACGAAAUGGACGACUCGCGGGACGUCAUUCAAAGUCUGGUGGACGAAUAUACGGCUGCCACCAAGUCGGAUUACCUCUCGUGGGGCAUGAAUCGUCCGGGAGCCUUGGCUGCUUCUUCUCAAACAACGGCUUGAUGUUCAAUUGUUUAAACGGAUAUUAAUAAAUGGGUGUUAAAAAUAA